AUGUUUGCCUCACUGACGCAGGAGGACAGGCAAGCCUUCUUCGACUUGCUCGAUGAAUACUUUGCGAGUAGACCGCAUCUCCUGGCAGGCAGUGCAGGCGAUGACACCUCGUCAGCAGCGCUUGGCGUGCUCGCAUCUCAGCAUGGACCUGCGCUCGCCAAUCAUGCGAUGCGCAACCCAGCAGCAACCUCGUCAGCGCUCAAGGCGGGUGGCAUGAGUGAUAAAGCGGCCGAUAGCCUGUCGCGAUUCGGGAGUAAAGUCAGCGCCUACAGGGACAGAAGUGACUCCAAUCCUCCUGCUGCGCCUGCUCGACAUACCCCUCCACCGGCUCCAAGCGCUGCUCGACCGCCUGCACCUCCCCCGAGAACCAACUCAGGCCCGACUGCCGCCCCUCCUGCGCCUGCAGCGUCGCAUGGUGGCUUACAAAGCGGUAGAUCCUUCGGCGGAAUGAACGUCACGAGCGGCAAAGCUGCCCUCAAUUCGGUCAUGAACUACAAGAAAGACGUCAGGAAGGACGGACCAACGAUACCCUUUGUGAAGGCCAAGCCGGUCUCGACUACGCUCGCUGCACCUGCUGCUGCUCUUGGACCUGCACAUUCGUCAGCACCAAUCGCGCCACCGCCUGUGAGACGAGGUCCUGUACCACCACCGCCGGUACACGUUACAAAGGGCAUAGGCACGGUUGAAGCUCUCUACGACUACGAAGCCACGGAUGCGGGCGACUUACCGUUGCGGGAAGGUGCCCAAGUGACCCUUUUGGAACGGGUCAACGACGAGUGGCUCAAGGGGGAAGAUAGUGAUGGCAAGACAGGCAUCUUUCCAGCUACUUACGUCAAAGAGCUGUAUGAAGACUUUGCCAUCCGGAAAACGAGCGAUAGGUGA